AGCCUCAGCUCGCUCACUCAGAGCAGUGCGAGACACAGAGACAGACGCACACGUUCUCUCUUUCUCCCUCUAUCUCUCUUCCACGCACGCACGCAUACACACACACAUGCUCAUGCACGCAGGCGGCAACUUUCCUCUAUCGGACUGACACAGCACACACGCCGGGAUAGACACACUCUCCUUGCUACAGUGGAGAAGAGGAUAAGGAGUGACAGAUCAGGACACAAAAAAGAAAUACAGAAAAAAGAGGAGGUUUCCAAGGAAGAGACUUCUGCUGUUAAUUCGGUUCCCGGUUAAAACCCUGCUGAACAUCUGGAGCUAAGUUAAGAUUUUCUUUAUCGGGUGAAGAGGAGGAUCGUGCCGACGUUUGGUCCUGUCCAAGAUGGCAAACCUUGUGACAUCGUUGUGCUGUGUAGUUCUGGCCGCGGUGGUGGUAGCCUACGCUCAGAGACGCAGUCAGCUUGUUGCUAGGAACCAGUAUGAGCGAAUGGGCAGUGAUGUCACCAUGCAGUGCGGCUCCCUGGACAACGAUGCAUCAGUGUCAUGGAAGGUGAAUGGGACAGACGUGAAGGCCCAGCACCGUCUGGAGGGUCCCAGACUGAUACUGACCGAAGUCGACCUGGGCCACAACGGACUCUACAGCUGCUUCCAGAACCCUCACGGGGAGAGGCGCGACACCAUCUACCUCCACAUCGGCAUUCCCCCUCGGGAGCCCUCGGUCACCUGUCGAUCCAACACCUACCCUAAAGGCUUCUACUGCAGCUGGCACCAGCUGCACCCGACGUACAUCCCCACCACCUUUGACGUGGACGUACAACAUAACCAGCGUUCACUGGAGGUGCAGAAAGAUCCGGACCACAAGAACCGCUGUCGUGUACGCUUCCCUGAGGUCUUCUCCAGCUUCCCCUACAAAGUGAACGUGACGGCAAUCAAUGCGUUGGGGAAAGCCUCCACCACCAUUUCUUUUGAAGAGUCCAGUAUAGUUAAACCAGACCCCCCGGAGCGAGUGACAGCAACCCAGAUCCGUUUCAACGCCCGGAGGCUGGAGGUAUCCUGGCACAGCCCCGCCACCUGGCCUGACAUCGACAACUUCCCUUUGAAAUACUUCCUUCGAUACCGUCCACUCAUCCGAGAGCAGUGGCAGCACGUGGAGCUGUCCGACAGCACCUCCCACAUCAUCACCGAUGCCUAUGCUGGGAAGGAGUACAUCAUCCAGGUGGCUGCCAAGGACACAGAGAUUGGAACAUGGAGUGACUGGAGUGUUGCUGUCCAUGCUACACCCUGGAUUGAAGAUCCACUGCCAAUCACUUCCACAACUGAAGUGGACUUUUCGACUGAGACUAAGACCUCCCCCAUACCGUCCUCCAACGCACCACAAAAGGCUGAACCUCCAGUGGGCAGAGCUGCCAGGCUCCUCACAUUUUUCUCCCCUUUGCUGUUAGGAAUGCUGCUGCUGUUCAUGUGAUGUAAAUGUCUUAUUCCUGAAGGGAGUAGGCGGAAGAAGAGGAGGAGGAGGAGGCUGGUCUUUUUUCUAUUUUGCACAUGUUUCAAGGAUACAGUGCAUUGAUCAUUUUCUGUCCAUCACACAGUUACUCACCGAGAUUACUUAGACAUGAAACCAGACGAUGAUAAUGCGAUUCAGCAUUUUUGAUUAAUGGUGACAAAGAAAUUCUUCAGAGGAACUUUUGAAAGCGGCAUCACGACCACCACCACCAUCAUCAACAACAGCAGCAGCAGCAGCAGCAGCAGCAACAGGAGCAGCAACAGCAGUGAUAUCAGUAUAAACAGUCUUAUAUUACCCCCUGGUGGCUUUAAAGGGCCACAGCAGACUUUUUUUGGGCAGACAACAGUUUGGUUUGGGAAUCUCCUCUUCAGAGCAAGAAAAUCAACUCAAAAAUCCUCCUCAUCAUUACCUUUUUGUUCUAUUUUUUAUUGAUCAUGAAUUAAUUUCUUACUUCCUUCUGAAAUCGCAGAACGAUACAGACAAACACACACACACAUAGAGCAUUCGCGUGUGUGUUUGUGUGUAUGGUUACCGUAGCGGUCCCCAUACAGCUAAAUCAUCAUGCCAAAGACUCAACUUCACCCCCCAACAAAGUGGUUCCCAAACAAUUCACUGAGCUUCCUGAAGCCUGUGUCUGCCUUCGUCGUGGGUUGAAGAACCCCCCCAGAAAGUUAUGUGCGUGCGUGUGUGUGCACAACACUUGAUUGAUGUCGACUCAAACAGUAUACGGAUGAAACUUGGGACGAGUCCGAGGAACCCUGCAGCUCCUGUUUGUGUACCAUUUAACAAAGAAGCCACACAAGUACUCAAUCUGACUCUGAAUCUGUCGACUGCGGCGACUGAAUCAAACUGACGGAGCGAGUCGGGGUGUUUUGUUUGUUUGGGGUUUUUUUUUUGGAUAUGAGGACUAACACUUUGAAGAAUUCAGUAACGGUAGUCUGGCUUAUUUAGACAAUUAGCUUUACACUCUGCUUUCACCGACUGGCAAAGAGGACCUGGAUUGUAAAAGAAAAUAAAAAUAAAAUAAAGUGGAUUUGAGACUGAACAAUUCUUUGCCCACCUAUUUGUUUUGGUUCGACAACGACGACGAAGUUGGUGAUUGAAACAAUGAUACGAGCUUUGUUGGUUUUUCAUUCUGCUCUAUGCUGUAAGAUACAAUAACACAAAACAGUUUGCUUUCCAAAAUUCUGACGCCUUUACGAACAUAAAAUAUGUCUUUUUGCAGUUUACAUUUCAAUAGCCAAUAUCACCAGUUAAUAUUAUGUUAUUCAAAGGAAUAUUGAUGUGUUUUAUUGUAUUUUUUUUAUCUUAUGGACAAAUAAUACAAACACACAUAUAGGAUUUUAGUUUUGUUUUUUGUUUCUUUUUUUCAGAGAUUCAUAAUGGCUUAAUUCUCCUUGAUCCUAUUUUGUAAACUAUGAUAUGUAACUUUAACAUUGAACAAAAAGUUUAUUAUUUAAUAAUAAUAAUAAUGUAUGUAUUAGCAGUAGAAUGUCGUAACCUGUACCUGGGGUCUUUUUUAUAGAUGUAUAUACAAUGACAGGUUUCAACCAUUAAAUGUGACCAUU